AUGCACCCCAAGGCUGGGAACAUUCACUGCGCAAACCAUGGAACAAACGGCAUUUGUUUGGACUCUUCUCUGACAUUAAACCUAUAAAACUCGUACUAAUUUGCUAUUCACUCCAUUGGGUUUUCCACUUCGGUUGUAACAAACUUACUCAGACAUAAUGCUGAUAAACAGCUGUUCAUAGUGUAUCGCUUUUAAUAAAAUGUAACUCUUCGUCCUGAGUGUUCGAAACAGCGGCUUGGUCUAGGAACGGACAACCAACUCAUACUUCCUGCUCUGAUCUUAUUGUAAGGAGUCUAAAGCCGUCAAGAUGCUUGAGACACCUCCUGGGUAUCCAUUUGAAGAGAUAGAAUAUGAGGAUAUAGAAGUUGAAGAGGUUGUUGGCAGAGGAACAUUUGGAGUUGUCUUCAAGGCCAAAUGGAAAGGCAAAGAUGUGGCCAUCAAGACCAUAGAGAGUGAAUCUGAGAGGAAAGCUUUUGUAGUAGAGCUCCGCCAGCUUUCCAGAGUAAAUCACCCAAAUAUUGUCAAGCUCUAUGGUUCAUGUCAUAAUCCAGUCUGUCUUGUUAUGGAAUACGCUGAAGGUGGCUCUUUAUACAAUGUUCUGCAUGGAGCUGAGCCCCUGCCCCAGUACAGUGCAUCCCAUGCUAUGAGCUGGUGUCUGCAGUGUGCUCAGGGGGUCUCCUAUCUCCAUGGCAUGAAACCCAAGGCCCUCAUUCACAGAGACCUCAAACCACCCAAUCUGCUACUUGUACAGGGGGGCACAGUGUUGAAGAUCUGUGACUUUGGGACAGCCUGUGACAUUCAGACACACAUGACCAACAACAAAGGAAGCGCAGCCUGGAUGGCACCAGAAGUGUUUGAAGGCAGUAACUACAGUGAAAAGUGUGAUGUGUUCAGCUGGGGUAUCAUCCUGUGGGAGGUGAUCACUCGCAGGAAGCCCUUUGACGAGAUCGGAGGAUCGGCCUUCUGCAUCAUGUGGGCCGUGCACAGAGGUACUCGCCCACCCCUGAUAAAGGACCUCCCGGAGCCCAUUGAGGGCCUGAUGACACACUGCUGGGACAAAGACCCUGCCCAGAGGCCCUCCAUGGAGGAGGUCAGAAACACCAUGGCAAGCCUCAUGAAGUACUUCCCAGGAUCUGAUGAGCCUCUUCAGUACCCCCACCAGUGUCCAAGCAACAGCAGGAGUGGCUCCUCAUCAGCCACAAGCACAGGUUCCAAUGCAGACAACACUAUCAACAGCUACAGAUCCGAAGGCAACAUGGAGCAUGGAACAAACUGUCAAGAGAGAGAUGACACCCUGAAAAACGAAAAAUUUCCACUUCAGUUCAAACCUUUAAAGGGGGGAACAUUACGCCACAGCCUGCCCCUAUCCAGAGGGCCUAGUAUGGAGAGCCUGCCUGAGCGUACCCAGAGCCCUGCCCCCACUGAGGUCAAAGGGCAAUGUGCUGGCCAGUCAGGGCCAGAGCUGAGAGCACCUAUCAGUCCCACAGAUAUUAAUGGUUUGGACAGCUCCAUCCCCAUGGCUUAUCUGACACUAGAUCACCAGCUGCAGCCCCUGGCCCCAUUCUCAAACUCCAACGAGUCCAUGGCUGUGUUUGAGCAGCACUGCAGAAUGGCCCAGGAGUACCUGAAAGUGGAGACUGAAAUUGCCCUACUCACCCAGAGAAAGAAGGAGUUAAUCUCUGAGCUGGACCAGGAUGAAAGGGAGCAGCAAAAUACUUCCCGUCUGGUUCAGGAGCACAACAAACUGUUGGACGAGAACAAGAGCCUCUCCACCUACUUCCACAUUUGUAAGAACAAGCUGGAGCGGAUUCAGAGUCAGCAACAACAGAAGAGUUAGAAUACCUCUUGAUGUGUGCUUGCUGCCCCAGAACUGUCCUCAGAUCAUCAGCAGCCAAAUAGACUGUCAAUGGGCCAUUUUGUGUGGUCUCCUCUGUAGACCCUCAACUGUUUUGGGAUUUGCAGCCAAAUAUACGUGCCAUAUUUAUGAUGACUGCUUCAUAUUUCUCAUCAACUGUUUUCAGAUGAGCAGCCCAAGAGACUGACCAUUUAGUGAACUCUUCCCUGUUGCUCUUAAGCUGUUCCUGGAUCAGUGGCCAAAGCGGAAGGCCAUGUCAUUAUGAAUGCUUUGUAGAUCCCCAACUGAUCCAGUCAGCAGCGGAUUGCACAAAGCAUGUCUCCCCUCAGAUUCUUGCUCCCCAAUGCGCUGUACAGUAACAACAUACUCCACCUGUCUCAAUCCAGAGCUGCGUUCAGUACAACAAUGUUGGGAAAUGUUGUGCAAGACCUCUAUUAAGAACAGCUAAGUUAAUUUACAUGCAUGUUUUCGGAAAGAUGUCAUUCUAUUCUGCCAGAGGUACACUGGACUAGUUGAACAAGGAAAGUCUGGAGGCCCUGUAAAGUCAUCUCCUACUGUAGCUAUUGACAUCAAGAGGAAAAUGCAGUUGCCCCUAGAGACUGAUUAGUACCCCCCCCUCACCAUUGUGCCUAAGGGCAACUUCUGUCCAUAGCUCGACAUCCAGGAAUUAUCAGAAAGGCUUUGUAGAAAAUGAUUGAUGAUGUGAAGGGCGGGGUGACUUGCAGUAACACCUCAGAUGACUUGAGGUGUUUCCUGUCUUGUAGCAGAUGACUGUCACUCUACCCUCCCCAGGACUGUUCUAGAGGUGCUGGUUGUAAAAGAAGUGACUCAGCUUGUUUUCACCGUCUGACUCUGGCCUCUCUGUGACAGCUAGCUUGGUAUGGAGAUGACAAAUAGAUGACUAAGUUGUGUUUUUAAAUGUUGAUACUCAUUCUUAUAUCUGUAUUCCCUUUUUACGUACACAGGGUAAACAAAACAUUAGGAACACCUUCAUAAUAUUGCAUUGCACACCCUUUUCCCUUCAGAACAGCCUCAGUUUGUCAGGGCAUGGACUCUACAAGGUGUCGAAGGUGU